GUAGUGGAGUGUGACAUCGCUCACUGGACGGAGAAACUCCAGCGAGGCGAGGGAAUUACACAUUUUAUAACAAUUUUCGUACAGCAGACUUGAGAAAUGAAAUUUAUACAUUAAACGAGAAGAGGGAAUAAAACCAAAAAUGACGGUGGAUUUUGAAGAAUGUAUUAAGGAUUCGCCCAGAUUUAGGGCGAACAUCGAUGAAGUGGAGACAGACGUGGUGGAAAUCGAAGCUAAGCUCGAUAAGCUGGUGAAGCUAUGCAGUGGGAUGAUAGAAGCGGGGCGGGCGUACGUCAGCGCCAACAAGCUCUUCGUCAGCGGGAUCCGCGACCUGUCCCAGCAGUGCGAGAAGGACCUGAUGAUCUCGGAGUGCCUGGAGAAGUGUGGGGAGCGUCUCCAGGAAAUCGUCAACUACCACACGAUUCUCUUUGAUCAAGCUCAGCGGUCUGUCAAGCAACAGCUUCACAGCUUCGUUAAAGAUGACAUUCGCAAGUUCAAGGACACGAAGAAGCAGUUUGACAAGGUGCGUGAGGAUAUGGAGAUCGCCCAGGUGAAGAACGCGCAGGCACCCCGGAACAAGCCCCACGAGGUGGAGGAGGCCACCAGCACCCUCACCCUCACGCGCAAGUGCUUCCGCCACCUCGCCCUGGACUACGUGCUGCAGAUCAAUGUUCUGCAGGCAAAGAAGAAAUUUGAAAUCCUAGAUGCGAUGCUCUCCUUCAUGCACGCAGAGUACACACUCUUCCACCAGGGCUACCACCUCCUGGACCAGAUCGACCCCUACAUGAAGAAGCUGGCAGCCGACCUGGACCAGCUGGUGAUCGACUCGGCCAUGGAGAAGAGAGAGAUGGAGCACAAACAUGCCACCAUCCAGCAGAGGACCCUAAUGCAGGACUUCUCCUAUGACGACUCUAAAGUGGAGUUCAACGUGGACGCCCCAGACGGAGUGGUGAUGGAGGGGUACCUGUUCAAAAGGGCCAGCAACGCCUUCAAAACGUGGAAUAGGCGGUGGUUCUCAAUACAGAACAGUCAACUGGUGUAUCAGAAGAAGCUAAAGGAUGCCCUGACGGUGGUGGUGGAGGACCUGAGACUCUGUUCAGUCAAACCCUGCGAGGACAUCGAGAGGAGGUUCUGCUUCGAAGUCGUCUCUCCCACAAAGAGCUGCAUGCUGCAGGCGGAGUCAGAGAAGCUGAGGCAGUCCUGGAUCCAGGCUGUGCAGGCCAGCAUCGCCUCGGCCUACAGAGAGAUCCCCGAUAACUACUACAUAGAGCGCUUGGACCGCACCGCCUCGCCCUCCACCAGCAGCAUCGACUCGGCCAGCGAGCCUCGGGAGCGGGGCGUUCGGGGGGAGACGCUGGUGCAGCGCGCCCAGGCCGUCCCGGGGAACGAGCAGUGCUGCGACUGCGGCCAGCCUGACCCCCGCUGGGCCAGCAUCAACCUGGGCAUCCUGCUGUGCAUCGAGUGCUCCGGCAUACACAGGAGUCUGGGGGUUCAGUGCUCAAAGGUUCGCUCCCUGACUCUCGACUCAUGGGAACCAGAGCUGCUGAAGCUGAUGUGUGAGCUGGGCAAUCGCACCGUCAAUCAGAUCUACGAGGGCACCCACGAGGAGCAGGGCCUGAAGAAACCAGGGCCGGCCAGUUCAAGGCAGGAGAAGGAGGCCUGGAUCAAGGCCAAGUAUGUGGAGAAGAAGUUCCUGAAGAAGAUGGCAGGCAGCGAGGCGCUGGUGGACGCGGAGAGGAAAUCCCGCCGCUGGAGCCAGAAGAAGUGCCAGAGGCACAGCAGCUCCGUCAGAGCGCUGAAGUCCCGCCGCAAAUACCGCCGCGAGCUGGGCAGCGUCGGCCCCGGCAACCUGGCGUCAGCUGCGGCCCAGUUCCGCAGGGACUCUCUGUUCUGUCCUGAUGAGCUGGACUCCCUCUUCUCCUACUUCGACACUGGCUCCGGGCCCCGCAGUCUGAGCAGCGAUAGCGGACUUGGCGGGAGCACGGACGGCAGCACAGACAUCCUGGUGUUCGGUUCUGUGGUGGACAGCGUCACAGAGGAAGAGUGUGAGGAGUCGGAGGAGUCAAGCGGGGAGGUGGAGGCAGAGCUGGAGCAGGAGGCAGAGGCGUGGGACCCAGAGGACCUGCGGGACCCUCUCCCCGGGGGUCUGCUGUACCGCGCGUCCCGCGCCCGAAACCUGCCUGUCAUGGCCGAGGCCCUGGCCCACGGAGCCGACGUCAACCUGGCAACCGAGGAGGACGAGGGCAAGAGCCCCCUCAUACAGGCUGUGAUGGGGGGCUCUCUGAUAGCCUGCGAGUUCCUGCUCCAAAAUGGCGCUGAUGUGAACCAAAGAGACUCACGAGGGAGGGGUCCCCUCCACCACGCCACAUACCUGGGUCACACAGGGCAGGUGUGCUUGUUCCUAAAGCGGGGUGCCACUCAGACCGACGGGGACGAGGACGGACACAACCCCCUCAGUAUCGCCGUGCAGGCCGCCAACGCUGACAUCGUCACCUUGCUGCGUCUGGCCAGGAUGAACGAGGAAAUGCGUGAGUCGGAGGGCCCCUUCGGACAGCCAGGGGACAGCACGUAUGCCGACAUCUUUAGGGAAUUUUCUCACAUGGCGUCACACAAUCCCGAAAAGCUGAAGCGGAGGAGCAGGCACUUCCGACAUUCCUUCAGGUAGCGCCUGCACGCCAGUAACUAGCCGGAAAACCGUCCGUGUACUUGAAGAGCGCCGUCGUCACUUUUCUGAGCUCCCCAAUGCAUCCCUUUUCCGGACAUUCCCUGGAUCAUCAAACGGACGUCCUGUUGUGUAGAAAGAGGAUGGGGGGG